AUGUCGUUCGGUCACGACACUAGCUACGCAUUAAAUCCUGCUCGCGACUUUGGCCCGCGUCUAUUUACAUUUUUCGCUGGUUGGGGAUGGAACGUCUGGACUUUGCGUAAUGGUUAUUUCUGGAUUCCCAUUGUGGGUCCAUUUAUUGGGGGCAUUCUUGGCGCUACCACCAACGUCAUUUUAAAUAUGGCAGAGUACAAGCCUGGCUUUGGAGGUUAUGCAGAUCUUGAAGGGACUGGACGAUGGUCGACUUACGCCAUUCGAAACCAAAAUUUGCGAGCAUAUAUUGCAGAAUUUAUUGGAACUUUUGUUCUUGUACUUAUUGGAGACGGCUCAGUGGCUCAAUUUGUGCUUAGUAAACGAGUAGCUGGCGAUUAUGUAUCGGUAAACCUUUGCUGGGGUAUUGCUCUCUUGUUUGGUAUCCAUGUCUCUGGAGGUGUAAGUGGAGGUCACCUUAAUCCUGCGGUAAGUGUGAGCAUGGCACUAUUUAAGCGCUUUGAGUGGCGUAAGGUUCCAGGCUACAUCAUUGCGCAAACGUCAGGAGCAUUUGUCGCUGCUUUGGUGCUUUACAUUGUUUAUUACCCAUGGUUCGAUAUCGUCGACCCAGAGCGCGAAUUUACUCAAGGCAUAUUUGCUACAUAUCCCAAUGCUCAAAUUCCGAAUUGGGCUGCGUUUGCCAAUGAAGUCGUUGGUACGGCAUUGCUGGUUGGUGGCAUCUUUGCGUUAUGUGAUCAGAUUAACAAACCCGCAAGUCCCUACAGUUUUCCUGCAGCGGCGGGUCUUCUCCUCGCAAGCAUUGGUAUGUCCUUUGGCCUCAACACAGGUUAUGCAUUAAAUCCCGCUCGAGACUUUGGACCUCGCCUUCUAACCCUUUUGGGUGGCUGGGGCUGGAAGGUAUUUGCAUCAAAUGGCGGAUAUUUUUGGAUUCCCAUUCUCGGUCCAUGUAUUGGCGCAGUGCUAGGAGCUUCCAUAUACGUGGGUCUUAUUGAACUUCACCACCCUCCACAGUAG